AUGCGUUCCCGACUCAUGUCACGUACAUGCCAGAAGAUCAUUGGGAAUGCCGAUGAAUUGAAACACGAGAAGGUGGAUUCCAUAAGUCCCUACAGUCAACACGAACUUGCUUGUGGUAUAAUUGCGCAAGCGGUCUUGCCAUUCUCGACAACGGCAACACGAGGAUUGGUAAGGGAUAACGUAGGAGCGAAAGUUGAGUUCGCCGGCAGUUGCACCGUUUCGUAUCACUAUGACAUCGUUAGUCAGGCGGAGCGAAUCCUGGUUGAAUUUGCUGAAACUUGUCAAAAGAGCCGUAUCCAGCUGAAUCUUGGCAGAAUCAUGAGAAAGGCAUGGGUUUCUGAUGCGACAUUCACGCUAUCAUACGAUGCGGACGAUUCUAGCGGAGAGCUUCAGCUAUGUUCGGGAAACUAA